UCCGAAAUUCGGUUUCUCUGAAAUAAUAUAAAAACAAUUUCGAAAAAAUAUAAUGACAUAAUAAAGAGAUUAAAAAGAAAAAAAAUAUAGUUAAAAUGGUUCUUGCGUCAAUUGUAGGUGAAAAGCUUCCCUUUUAGAGACCGAUUUUAAUGCAAUAAAAUCCCCCUCUCUUUAUACAGGAACUGAAAUAUAGGUAGUUACCGCGGAGUGGUCAAGUUCAAAUCUUGAGUUCAGUCGGCCAUCAGCUACGAUUGACGUACAGUUAUUUCAUAUAUAGCUUUUCUCAAUUAUUACAAUUAAAAAUUAAUAUUCGUGAAGCAAAAACAAUGAACAUUCAUAACAUCCAAUCGAUUUACUUAAAUUUUAAUUUAAAAGCUAGAUUGUUCUGUGGUCUAAAUGUGUUCAAAAUUAAUUAUGAAAAAUGAUUUUCAUACAUAAAAAUUUUCUGUUGCAUUUUUAUAUUAAUUUUACGCUAAUUUUUAUUAAAAUUGUUAAUUAUUUUUAUGUUAUCAGUCGCAAAUAAAAUGCAGAGUAUAACAUCAAAAUGGACAGCUCUCACGUGGUUCGUGGAAUCGAACAUGGCGGCCUCUACUAUCAUCAACGCCGCAGCCGCGAUUGGUUCAGAAUCAGUGCGGGAUGUGUCUCUCGUAUUUCAAAUCGAAUAUCGCGCAACCGAGUGUUGUUGAGAGGACAAUGCAUAUCCUCUCGACGAAACGGUCGACAUAACGUUCAUUCCUUGGCAUUUGGAGCGAUACAAUUAAGACAGCUGUUAAAAAGACAGUUGUGUGAAAAGCGAAAAGAAGUAUCGAUCAUCACAGAAGACUCAUCUCGGAAGCAAACCAUUGACCCAUUGUCCUCGAACACGCAAAUUACACGAAAACGACGCGUCGGCAUUGUGGAGAAUCAGUACGCGGUUGAGAAUAACACCGGUUCAUCACUAUGCGAUUUAGUGCAAGGUUUAGAACGAUUAUUCGAUGAGAAAAACGCUGGAAAUAACAAAAUUACGAUGAAGUCAAAGAAAGAACAAAAUGCUGAGGAGGAUAUCGUUGAUCCUGUCGAGGAAAACGAAACGUACGACGAAUUUGACACAAUUAGGAUACCGAUAGUGCGGUCCUUAAGUAAGAGUCCGCCGAAUGAUGAAGGUAUUGAGACGGAUUCGGAUCGAAGAAAAGGAUCGAUAGCCCGUUGCUGGAGUCUCGAUUCGACGGCGGCCAGUGACGAAGAUAUAUCGCUGACCACGCACCAACAGAAACGACACAAACUACGUGUUACUAGAUGCUAUAGUUCCGAUAGUGCUGUGUUGAGCGACGAGGAUCAAAUAAAAGGAUGGGAUGGUUCAAAUAUGGUAGAAGGAAACGAAUCAGAUCAUAAUGAUGGAAGACUUAGAUAUUGGAGAACACCAAGUGUAGUUGUCAGUGAUUAUUCUGAUUAUUCAUAUUUAGAUGAAAAACUAGAAAGAAAUGAUCUUGAUCUUGAAAAAUAUGAAGGGAUCAGUAGUACUCCUAGCCAAGCAAGCAGUUGCUCUUGCUUAGAUUGUGAUGAAAUCCGUGAAUCUUUGGAUACACAGUUCCUACAAGUCUGUCGUAGUAGAAGACAUUCAGACUCCUGUUGUUUGUGCCUUGAUUCUAUGAAUGCUGUUAUAAGAAACUUCAAUGAAUCUGAAAAUAGAAGAAAUUCUUGCCUGGGUUCCACUGAAACUUAUUAUUCCAAGCACAAUACACAACAAUUUACACAAUAUAUACCAGAAAGUUCUUCAAAUUUACAAGAAAAGACGAAAAUUGAUCUUUUGGAAAUUCCACCUAUACGAAAAAUUUCAGAUUGUUCCACUACAUCUAGUCUUAGCGGAGAUGAGUCAGAUGUUGUUGAACUACAACCAGUCAAAUCUUCCAAAGCAUUUAACAUACGGAUCAACCUGUUUACAAACUCGUUAUACACGUGUAUAUACGUUCACUUUGUGUAUAUCAAUUCAUUGUAUGGAUUCCGCCGAUGUCUAUAUAACAUAGAAUGGAAUGCAACAUUUAUAGAUCAUCGACAAGCAUAGAGAAAUAAUCCAAUUUAAAAGAUAAAGCGAAACGAAAUUUUUACUUUCAUAAAUAUCAUAUUCUAUUCUCGUCGUCGUAUUCACUUGUAAAAAUGUAAGCCAAUACAUCUCUUCAGUCAGCUGUGGUAAUUCGACUGGCCGUGGUAAUAGGGAUCAGUCAGUUGGAAUCAGUGAUAGCGGUUAGUCAGUCGGUGGCACUGCUUUCCAAGGGAUCUGUCGGCCAGUGUCAGCAACGGUGGAUAGAACAUUAAAUGGCUCAUUGCCAUUGUCAAAAUGUGAGGUGCACGAUUUCAGGAUUCAAAGCUGAAUUGCUAUGAAUCGGAGAUAUUGUCGUGGCCUCGUUCAUUUUUAAUUAUUAUAGGGGGAAUCAUUCAAUUUUAUCCAGAAAGUGAUCGAUAAAAGAAGAUAUCUGUGUAUUUACGGAAGAAAAAAAAUAUAAUUCCAGUGAAAGUGGAGAAGCAGUUGUUCGACUCGAUGGAAGUGAAUUGUGAUUUAAAUAAACUUUGUAUAUU